UUGAAUAUGGCCAUGCUAGGUUUAGUUGAAGUCUUUGUAGCAUUCCUUCUUUUCCAUGUAUUCCUUUCUACUUGUUUCUUCUUCCUCCACCAGAAAUCUCAGGGUCAUCCUAUUCUUAAGAACUGGCCGUUCCUUGGGAUGCUUCCAGGAAUGCUCCCCCAAAUCGCUCGUAUCUACGAUUGGACCGUUGAGGUGCUUGAGGCCACAAAUCUAACUUUUUGUUUCAAAGGGCCAUGGCUUAGUGGAAUGGAUAUGUUAUUCACCGCUGAUCCAAGGAAUAUCAAUUACAUACUAAGCUCAAACUUUGGGAAUUACCCUAAAGGACCUGAGUUCAAGAAAAUCUUUGAUGCUCUGGGAGAUGGAAUCUUAUCCGUUGAUCUGGAGUUGUGGGAAGAUCUGAGGAAGUCAAAUCACGCCAUAUUUCACAAUCAAGACUUCCUGAAACUCUCAGUAAGUAGCAAUACAAGUAAGUUGAAGGAUGUUCUUGUUCCUUUCCUUAAUAAUGCAGCUAAGGAAAACAUUAUCAUAGACUUGCAAGAUGUGUUCCAGAGAUUCAUGUUUGAUACUUCUUCGAUUUUGAUGACUGGUUAUGAUCCAAAGUCACUAUCCAUCGAAAUGCCAGAACUUGAGUUCGGUGAAGCUGCGGAACUCGGUGAAGAAGCUAUUUAUUAUAGACAUUUCAAGCCGGUGAUCUUCUGGAGGCUUCAAAACUGGUUUGGUAUUGGACUUGAGAGGAAGAUGAGAACUGCUGUGGCCACUAUCAAUCGUAUGUUUGCGAAGAUCAUAUCUUCAAAAAGAAGAGAGGAGAUGAGUCGUGGGAACAAAAAGCCAUCAAUGGACGCGUUGACGUAUUAUAUGAAUGCGGACACGACUAAGUAUAAGCUCUUGAAACCAAAUAAUGAUAAGUUUAUAAGAGACGUUAUAUUUAGUCUAUUGUUAGCAGGAAGGGACACCACAAGCUCAGCUCUCACUUGGUUCUUUUGGCUACUUUCUAAGCAUCCACAAGUUAUGGCCAAGAUCCGACAUGAGAUCAACACAAAGUUUGAUCCUGCAGAUCUAGAGAAGCUCGUGUAUCUGCAUGCUGCAUUGUCCGAAGCAAUGAGACUCUUCCCGCCGCUUCCUUUCAACCACAAGUCCCCUGCAAAGCCAGAUGUGCUUCCAAGCGGGCACAAAGUUGAAGCGGAUUCAAAGAUCGUGAUAUGUAUUUACGCAUUGGGGAGGAUGAGAUCUGUGUGGGGAGAAGACGCAUCAGAUUUCAAACCAGAGAGAUGGAUUUCAGACAAUGGAGUUCUAAGACAAGAACCUUCGUACAAGUUCAUGGUUUUUAAUGCUGGUCCGAGAUUUUGCUUGGGUAAACAUCUGGCUCUCUUGCAGAUGAAGAUAGUAGCUCUGGAGAUCAUACAAAACUAUGACUUUAAGGUCAUUGAGGGUCACAAGAUCGAACCAGUCCCUUCUAUCGUUCUCCGUAUGGAGCAUGGUCUUAAAGUCACGGUCAGUAAGAAGAUAUGAUUAUUAUGCUUGCUUAACUGGCUUCCAUCGGCAACUAUAGUACUAUUUCUUUAUUCCUAAGUGUCUUUUUCCCUACGUCAUGCUCACAUGUUAAAUAUUUUUGUAUUUUGGUUAUAUGAAAACUAUGCUCUAUUUAGUA